UUGAUGAGGGGUGGCUGGAGUACAUGUACUGUCCCCCUGAGAUCCUCCCUGAUGACGUCGAGGUCGAGCAGCUGAACUACCUGCAGCUAGCGCAAGCCACCUCCUUCCCACUGUACGUGGUGCAGGAGUGUGUGCAAGAGACCAUCAUCUUGUACUGUUGCCUCCUGAAGAACAAGGAGCACGUCCCCUUUGCAUUCAGGGACAUCGGUGUUUUGACGUGCGAGGAUGAUUUCCUGUGCAUGAAGUUUUAUCCGGACUGUGUUAAACGUCUGGAGAGCUCUGAGGACCUCAUUGCAAUGUUCCACAGUGUAAGCUGGUGA